UCAUAAAAAUGUUUAGUUUACUUGGAGAAUUCAAAAAGUUAGCACCGGUAUGAGAGUCUUCGGAACUAUUCUUCUGUUGGCAAUUUUAGCUCUAGAUGUGUGCAAUUCCGUAAAAUGUAUUUUAACGUGUCAUACAUCAGCUGGCGACUACGAAGUCAUUGAGAUAUAAGUUGUGUGCGAUCUUUAAAGCUAUAAACUAUAACGGAGCAUUAAAUGAAUGUUGGAUACUGCAAUAAAAUAUAUAUUGGAUUUAAAAUCAUUAUUCAUACCUGUGGAAACAGAUGAAU